AGCAAUUCUGUAAUAUUUUCUCCUCAGGGAUGAGUGAGUGGCCAUUGAUCUUCUGAAGUCAGAGUUGAGAUUAAGAAGAAAAGCCUUGACAUCUAGAAGAAGACCUUGCAGUAAGCUAGAAGGAGACCUUCUAGUAGUCUUCUUCAAAGAGAAGCAGGACUAUCUGGAGCCACAGAAGGAAGACAGAAGACUGAAGCAUAAUGGAUAUGGCAUCCCCCUCUCCAUUCAGUGUCUUAGCACAAAUCAAUGAAACAUCCAGUGUCAUAAAUAGAACCUGUUAUGAUUCUGGCAUAAGUGAAGAAGUGAUUAUUUUUGCAAUUUUCACUAUGCUUUUUUGUGUGUUGGGAAUGUUAGGCAACGGCCUUGUUAUCUGGCUGCUGGGCUGCUCCGUUAAGAGGAACACUUUUGCCAUUUAUAUUAUCAACCUCUCUGUUGCGGACUUUGGUUUCCUCGCCACUGAGCUGAUUAUCGAAAUCCACUGGCAGUUUACACACUUGUAUUGUGACUUUCCCUAUGAACUCUUCCAAACGGUCCUACUGUUAAUGUACAGUACGGGGCAAUUUCUGCUGACAGUCAUCAGCAUCGACAGGUGUAUUUCGGUCCUUUUCCCAAUUUGGUACCGAUGCCACCGGCCGGUGCAUCUGUUCACUAUUGUGUGUGCUGUCAUCUGGGCCACGUCCUUCAUCCUCUCUUCAAUUCACUUCACAAUUAUAGCUGUUGGUGGAUUUGGAAAGAAUUAUACUUUGAUGUAUCAGUUCAUUGUUAAUGCUGUGCUUUGUCUCCCACUUAUGACAAUCUCCAGUGUUGUCUUGUUUAUCAAAGUCUGCUUCAUAUCCAAAAGCCAGAGGCGGAGAAAGCUUUUGACAGCUAUUUUGCUCACACUUUUCUUCUUUUUAGUCUUGGCUUUUCCACUAAAUGCCUUUUAUUUUAUCCUGUACGUUUUCAAAUAUAUACAUCCCAACCUUGUACAUUAUGGCUACUUGUGUACCUGCAUCAACAGUGGCAUUAACCCUCUGAUCUAUUACUUGGUGGGGAGACAGAAGGGAAAAACCCAGAAAGGCAUCAAAGAGUUGUUUCAGAAGGUUUUCAAGGAGGAGGAACUCUCUACUGAUGAACUGGAGACUUCGGAAGGUUCCAAGAUCUGAACGUUUUACUUUCAUUAUUGUCAUUCAAAAGAUGCAUUCGUUUCUUUCCCACCAAGCACAU